UCCUCUGGCCGCGAGCGUUGUCGCCCUGCUUCGGGAAGCGUUCGUAUUCGCAGCAAGCAAGAUGGAGCCUUCAAAUAAAUUGGGAAGCGCGUUUUGACGUUCGAUCAGUACACCGCCACAACGACUAACCCCAAGCCGCCGCUCAACGCACAAGUGAAGCGCAUGGCGGGAAUAAUUACGGAAAAUGCUCGAAAGUUGACCAACGAUGGAAAAGUGGGCUGCAUUGUCGAUGGCAUCUUGGCAGUUCUGCUGAUGAAAAUGGGCUGGGAUGAAGACAUAGCGCUGUUUGCUGCCAAAAAGGAGAAGUCGAUCAGGAGCGCGUUGUCACUCCUGACAGCUGCUGUGUUCGUCGAUUGUUCGGUGUGCAGUGUCAGCUUUCUGGAAAGUGACUUGUCUCAAAAUAAAUUGAAACCGUGUGGGCACGCUGCCUGCACGAAUUGCUUGAAGACGCAUUUUAGGAGCGAAUCAUUUAGAGGAAAACUGACAUGCGUGGAAUGCACGGAAGAGAUUCCGCAGUCCAUCAAUUUUGCUUUGCUGAAACGCAUCUUCGAGGAAGAUUAUGCUUCGUUUGAUGAGACUUUGUUUCGCCAUGGCUUGGAACAUGACGAAGAGCUCAAGUACUGCCCAAACAAAAAGUGUGGAGUCUGCUUGAGCGUGCCGAGAGACCUGAGGAAGAUGCAUUGCCCUGUCUGCAAAACACUUGCGUGUGCGACGUGCGGGAGUGAAUGGCGCAAGGAGCACGAGAACAGAUCGUGCGAAGAUUUCAAGAAGUGGAAAAGCGAGAAUGACCCGAACGAUCCCGAGUUUCAGUCGCAAGAUUUGAUCAGGAAGACUGCCAUCAUGUGCCCUAAUUGCAAAACGCCGUACUUUAAAGCCAGAGGUGGCUGUGCCCACUUCACGUGCGGGACGUGCAAGAAAGAGUUUUGCGAAUGCUGCAAGACAGAAUUCUGGAAGGGACAGGCAUGCGGUAACGAAGCUUGCAAGAACAAAGGCAUGCACGGUCACCACCCAAGGAAUUGCUUCUUCUACACUAGAGAUUACUCACAUGAAGAGCUGCUUCAACUCCUUAAGGACUCGAACGUUGCUGUCGAGGAAACGGUCCCGCAAGAUUCAACGGCCAUAUGCUCUGUCAGUAUCACCAAUGAUGACUAUCAUGACUCACCAUGUGCAGUCCAAGUACUGAAGGCCGGAAAGUGCGAGAAACACUACAAGGAGUAUCUAUGCGAUUUGAUUUUCCGCAAUCGCGUAGACGUUCUGAAGGCUAUGACCAUAGAGAAGCUGGCAAACGAACUCCGGAAACACGACAAAGAGGUUCCUGAGUUCGCUCCGACACUUGGUCAAGAAGAAAAAUUAGAACACCUCCGCGAGGUUGUGGCCCAGGCUCUGCCACUUCCGGCAUAAAUCAGGGGAAGAAGAGCGAGCUCACAAAUAAUGCUUUUCUAACUGUGAUAGCUUUGGAGUGUGUGAUAUGCCGUGUGCCGUGCUUUUCAAUGAAAUGGAAUAAAAAAUAUAACUGCUGGAUGUUGCUGCGAA